AUGGAAUACAAGCAAGAAAGCGAAGGUAUGGAAGGUGGCCGUGACCGCUAUGGCGGUCAUAGGGACUCGUGCCGCGAUCGUGGAAGAGACCAUAGGAAUAUUGUCAAAUUCGAUAAAAAGCACACGGAGGAAGAUGGCCGAUGCUACAGAUGCAACAUGACUGGGCACCAGGCUAAAGAAUGCAAGUUAGACAAAUCGUGCUACAACUGCAACCACCCAGGACACAUUGCACGGGAAUGUCCUAAGAGUGGCCGUUAUGACUCCCAGGGUAGGUCCAACCAAGUCUGUUACAACUGCAAAAGGAUUGGCCACAGAUUCCGCUACUGCAAAGAACCACAAAUAUUCUGCCUGUUAUGUGCCAGUUUUGGCCAUGUGAGCCGUGAUUGUAAUCACUAA